GCACUGAGAGCUUAGAAACACGUUCUCCAAAUAUAUUUUAUCAUAAAGGUCUGCAGAGCGAAAAUUAUGGACUAAAUACGUUUUUAAUAAAAAUGUACCGUAUAUGUGUUUAUUCAGUUGUCAAAAAUCCAGAGAAAAAAAAACUAGUCUGAAAGUUUGAAAUAGAGCAGCGGCUCCUCGUCCUUGAUCUGUAGCCUCAGGAGGUUCCUGAACGCAUCAGAUGGUGCCUUUGCGGUCCCUGCUGUCUCUUUAAGAAGCAGCAUUGCAGCAGAGACGCAGCAGCAGCUUCAGUUCAUCUCGGGGCUUCAUGGCAGCAGGAUGGACUCCCAUCAGAACCGACAGCACCUGUUCUUCCUGCAGCCGCCGGGUCGGAACCGAACCUCUCCGAUGAUGCCCAGCGUCCACCUGCCCGAACGGUACGGUUUACUGCGCGUGCUGUGUCAGCGUGACGUCAGAGCCACCUUUAACUAAAUGUAGGACGCGUUUUCUCCUAGAAAAAGUCGCUUUUUGGUGCGGUGAAGGUCCGGUUCUGGACCUGUGUUCCGUCAGCCGGUUGCACAGAACCGAUGGUGGGAGUUUGGGACUAAAACCCGCUAAUCCAAGGCGGCCUGGCUGCAGGCGACAGAUGUGGGGUCAGCAUGUGAUUUUUAAACCCGAUUAUCCGAGGACCAGGCUGGUUCUCCUGUGAGUUCAGGCUCCUCUUCAUCCUGCUGGGUGAGGAGGAGGAGGAGGAGGAGGAGAGCAGGUUCGCCUCCACGCUGUAAACACUCACACUUACGUAAGAUGAUUGCGUCUUUCCCACCAGCUCUUGGACACUUGUUGCGCAGACAGACAGAGGAUGGAGGGAGGUGAGCUCUCCUGCCUCCUCGGCCCAGAAAUGAGUCCGUGGGAGGAACUGAGAGGCUUCAGAACAUCCACAGAUCCACAGGGAGGUCUUCUUCAUCAGUCUAGCUGCAAGGGGUUGCAGAGUUCCCCRCUAGAAACAGCCGUGGAGACGUUGGACAUCGCUCAUCACUUCGAUGUCUCACACUCCGAGCCGAAAACCCUUGUUGAGUCAGCGCAGGCGCUCAGUGGGAACUGGAGGAGGCAGCGGGAAAUGUUCCCACAGCGACACGUCCAGUAUGCACACCUUCCCUGUUCGGAUGAGGGCUCCAGAGGGCAGCCCCCAUGCCCGGACACAUCCAAAUACCCCCCGCAGACGUCAGGUAAAGCACACGGUCUGCAGCGAUAACCAUGGGAUCAGGGCCCCCACCCCAGAGCAGUACCUCACACCCCUGCAGCAGAAGGAGGUGUGUAUACGACACCUGCGAGCCAGACUACGAGAAAACGUGGAGAGACUUCAACACAGGGACUGUGAAAUAGAGGACUUGAGGGCCCAGCUGUACAAGAUGCAGGAGGACUGGAUUGAGGAGGAGUGUCAUCGCGUGGAAGCACAGUUAGCGCUAAAAGAAGCCCGUAAGGAGAUCCAGCACCUGCAGGAGGUGGUUGAGUCAGUCAAGUCCAACCUGAACCUCCGCGAGCAAGACCCUCAUGAUUACAAGCCAUACUCAGGGAUGCAGGGAGUGAGGUCGGGUGGGAAGUCUCGCUCCUGCGGAUGCUCCCCAGCCAGCACGUUGAGCCGCGGCGCCACCUUCACCCGGCGGAGCAGCGAGGUUCUGCAGCUGGAGCGCUGCUCCAACGCCCCCGAGCAUGGCGGGGCGGCCCGUCCGGCAGGGCAGACCCACCUGCUCCUGGAGGCCGCGCUCUUAUCGGAGCAGCUGCCACAGCAGGACCACCCCUUCCGAGGUGCCCCGCUCACGCCGCACCCUUCCUCGUACGAGAGGCUGUGCAGCGGGGGCGCUGUUCUGCCGAUCUCACACUCCUGCCACACGCUCAGCAGCAGCUGCAGGUGCGCCGGACCCGCCUACCUCCCCCACCAUCACCUGUUCCUGCACUUACCUCAAGAGGAGSACCCGGGCUCCGCCGCGACUGCUGCCGCUGCAACACCCACCUCUCACGCCAAACCCGUUCCCGUCCCUGCAGCGGAGAAGAAACCGGAGGUCCGCUCUCGGGCCUGCAGCCCCACCAUGACCUGGCUGUGUGAGGACAGUAGUGCUCAGGAGCUGAGCGUCAUUUCUUUCACAAAAACAGACCCSGUCCCCAAAGAGAUGCAGCCCAUCCCAGCGUCGUUGCCUCCUCUGUCCCCAACAGAACACUCGUACAGUGCUGAACCAUUACCAACGCAACCCCACACCUGUCAGCCCCGACCUGUAGAUCCACUUCCUGUCAGACAGGAUGCCACGCUUGUGAUAAUAGACGAGAACAGCUUGGAGGAAAGCGAAGCGGGGCCUUCCCCCGAGCCGUGCCACUGGAGCCGCUACUUCCUCGUGGAUCUGCUGGCUCUGGCGAUGCCCGUGGUCCCGACCAUGGCGUGGCUGUGUCACGGAGCGCCGCAGGAGGUCAUGCCUGUGUACCACAUCGGCUCCCUGCUGAGAGGCUGCUGCGCCGUCGCCCUCCACUCACUCCGACGGCAGGGCGCGGGCAGGGGGCGCCGGCCCACCAGCGUGAACGGAACCGCUCCCAUCUGACACUUCAAAUGUACAAACCCAGCUCUGAGCCUCUGCAGUGCUGACUCGGCACUUUGAUCUCAGCCAUGUGUUCUCCUCCUACAGAAUUAUUAUUAGUAUUUUUUUUAGAUAUUACAUWAUGCCCCUGUGUGUCUGCGGCCAUCCAUUGCCUUAGAAAAAAAGAACAGGAAUUAGCUGUACUGCUUUCAUUUUUCAGUCAUUCAUCCUGCUCUCGCCUGGAGUUUUAGUGGUUCCUAUUAUUACUCCGACGUGCAUGUGAAGCACAAUCUGGAGUCUCUUGCUUGCAUUAAAAAGGCACCUUUUGCAAGUUUUUAUGAGCAAUUCUUGGACAAAAGAAAUGUUACCAUUUAACCAAAAAAAAGCUAAUUUGUCUAAAGUUAAAUACUUCUYGUUUUCUAUGAACAGAUCUGGGAUUAUUAAAAACUGUUACAGUUCUGGUCAGAAAUUUACAUACACUCAUAAAGAUAAUUCAUAGUUUGGGGAUUUAAAUUGUUUAUUUUUUCUGUUCUUUAUGUUUGGUCUGCAAUGAUUGUUUUAACAUAUAACCAAUUAUAUGUGAAACAUAAAAUAUUGGUGCACAAGUUUCAAGUCAAAAUUAUACAUACUUAGCUAAUAGUCAGUUAAAAGUCUCUUAAAGGGAUCCCCGAUUAGUUGUAACAUUCGACUUUAUAUGAUAAACAUAUACUUUAACUGUAAAAUAAAGAC